AUGGAGAGACCGGGCUGCACCGUGAGCGAGGCGGUGCAGGAGCACCUCCAGCAGCUGUGUCUGCACGACUUCCCCUGCGGCACGGGCAGCUGGAACAGGUCCCGCUUCCUCCCUCGGAUUGGGCAGCGACGGCCAGGUCCCCAGGAGGAGCCGUUGCACGCCCUGCUGGACCUGGCCAGCAGCCCGCUCUCGCCCUGGGCCCUGCCCGAAGGCGCCAGCAACGAGGACCGCUUUCUGAAGGAGCUGGCCAUCCGGAAGCCCAGGAAAAUCAAGGACAGCUUUUUCUACUCCUACUUCACGUCCCUGCGCAUGGUGGACAAGAAGGUGAGCCUGGUGGACAAAGGGCUCCUGAGAUUCCUGAGGCUGGAGGAGCUGAUCCUGAGCGCCAACCAGAUCCAGGACCUGGACAGCGCGCACCUGCCUCCCACGCUCAGGGUACUGGAGCUGUACGGGAACCGGCUGCGGAGCCUGGAGUGUCUGUGCGCGCACCCCCCGCCCCGCCUGCAGCACCUGGGCGCUGGCCACAACCAGCUGCUGGGCCCUGCCGAGAGCCUCUUCCUCACUGCGGAGCACUGGCCCAGCCUCGUCUCCCUGGACCUGAGCUUCAACAACCUGACGGACCUGCACGCCAUGACGGCCGCGCUCCGCACGCUCAGGCAGCUCCGGCUGCUGCUGCUGUUGGGCAACCCGCUGGCCCUCGUGGCGCAUUACCGCGGCUUCACCAUCGACAGCCUGGCGCCGCUCUGCGUGCUGGAUGACCUCACCGUGACGGCCAGUGAGAAGCAUCAGUUCCGGGGGCUCAGCCGCGAGGCAGACCUCCUGGAGAACAAGGCACAGAUCACGGUGACCAUCAACAGCUUGCGCGGCGUGCUGGACUCCUCCAUCUGGGACCCAGAGCCCGGCCCUGACGGGCCCUUCAUCGCCUACAACUAUUAUGUGACCUACGACUUUGUGGAGGAUGAAGAAAGCAUGAAGAAGGAGGAGUUUGAGAGUGUGCUGGCCGAGAUCGUCAGGCCACCUUCCAUGGACCAUUUCAGCGAGGAGUUUGGUGACGACGAGGAGGUGGAGGCUGGCGAGAGCCUGCAGGACGACGAGUGGGUUUCCCAGGGCACGGCCAUGGAGGAAUCUGACAUGUCCCGAGAGUCCUCCGGCAACCAGAGCACCGUGAGGACGCGGAACUCGGAGGAAAAUGAGCUGGCCAAGCUGCGGCCCCUGGUGGAUCUCCGGGUGGUCCCGUCGCAUGGGACAGUGCUCUUCAGCACCGCCCGCAAGCCCUACAGCGACGUCAUCACCUACAGCUACCAGAUGCAGCACAAUGUCAAGGGGCUGGCGUCUCUCAAGACCUUCCUGCUGUCGGGGACCACCAUCACCAUCGUGGAGGAGAAGAUUCUCUCCUGGCAUCUAGUGUCACCUCCCUCCAGCCCCAUGUCUUUAAAAAGAAGCAAAGGGGACAAGAAGAAGGAGGAGAAGAAGGAGAAGGGCAAAGGGCACAGACAGUCGAAGACAAAGGUGGUUUCCAAGGAGCUCCACCAGGAUGCCCCCAUCCUGAAAGUGCUGGGCAGAGCCCACAUCUCCCUGGAGCCCCUGGUGGCUGGGGACUCCACCGUGUCCAUGGUGCUCAACUUAGGGGUGAUCCGCACCCUGGAAUCUGACAGGCUGACCUUUAUGAGGGCUCUCAAGAUGAAGAGUAAGAAAUCCCGGCGAGAGAAGGGGAAGUCUACAGUGACAGAGUUCGACGAGAACUACCGGCCUGAGCCACUCACCGUGGAGGUGCAGAUCCAGCUGAACCAGUACCGCUCGGCCGAGGAGGCGCUGCGCACUGUCACCUCCGUGUAG